AUGGCAGAGUCAGUUCUUGCCGCCUUAUUGGCCCAGAAGCAACCAGCCGUUGACGGAAAUCAAGCACUUCUUGUCUUUGGCCUACAAAAUGACUUUGUCGGACCCAAUCCGAAAGUACAACUGUCCAUGGACUCAGGAUGGGUAGAACGAAUCAAAGAAUUGGUACCGAAGUUCAGAGAGUAUGCUGGAGACAUCAUAUUUGUCCGCUCUGAAGUUGCUCAGGACUCUUUGAAGAAUUUGGACAGUGAUAAGGUCAUUCUGAACUUACUCGAUCCGGAAGGCAGCGAGAAUGUCGUAGAAGGAUCAAAAGAUGGAGAAAGAUCACCAAGCAAAGGCAAGAAAAAGACAAAGCGCAGUCGCAUGGCCCAAUUCCUGAAGGAUAUAAGGAGAAAUGAACCCGUCGAGGAGCCCUCAGUGCCAAUCGGAACAGAAGCUGAAGAAAUAUAUCGCAACCGGGGCGGCGACGGCCCCUGCUGCGAGCCAGGAAGCGAAGGAGCUGCACUGCGCGCCGACAUCCAGGCCUUAGUCGAACCCGAGGAUAUAUUGGUUGUCAAAUCAAAUUUCUCAGCUUUUACCGGCACAGACCUUCUGAUACAAUUGCGAAUGAAGAUUAUUACGGAGCUCUACCUCGUGGGCUGCUUGUCAAACAUGUCUAUCUUCGCUACCGCUCAAGAGGCUGCGAGUCAUGGCUUUGUGCUCAACAUUGUCGAGGACUGUCUGGGUUAUAAGUCGAAAGCGCGGCAUGAUGUCGCGCUGAAUUACAUGAAGGAGCAAAUGGGCGCCUAUACAACCACGAGCUCAGCCAUUCUAGCGGCCUUUGAAGAUUCAACCGAAAACGCAACUGGCACCCAAGCUGCCGCCCAUGAAGGAGAUGCGGAAGACCCCUUUGGUUUAAACGCUGCGCUUGAAGCACUAGGGCUUGAAGGGAAGGACAGAAGGUCCGUCCAAUCGCAAGAUAUGGAUGUCACUUCUCUCGCGGAAUCGCUUGCAGCAAGUAGCCUCAACGUGCGGUCUCUUAAUCUCCAAUCCCCUCCCCAAACUGCCUCUGCCUCGCGUCCACCAACUGCGGGCGCUGCAAACGAGUCACAAAGUCCGUCGUUAUCGAAGAACCUUCGAUCUUUUCGAUCUACCCCAGAUAUCCGUAAUAGGGCGAAUGUGCGCGUCAGAGUGCGAAGGCGUGCUGAAGCUGAUCUGCCCAAUGUUCCUGAGCUUCCGAAAGCGGCCUUGCACUCGAAAACCUUGAGUCACGAAAACGAGAGGGCUGAAAUGAUUCAAUCCAUCCUUGAAGCGAAGAAAGACCAAGAAAAAAAGGCCUCACCACAAAAGAAAGGUGAAAGCAGUCGAUGA